CGCUGCAGUUUCUCCGUCUUUUAUUGAGCCUGUUGGCCCCAUCGAAAUCGGAAAUUCCCCAGUAUUUGCGCUGCGCACCAAAGGCACCAAAGGCACCCAAGGCAAAACCACAACUGCCAGCCUUUUCAAACUUCGGCCCUUUAUCCCACCCCCGGUCGUCUCUAGGUCACCUCUAGGUCACCCUUGGGGCUUCGGCGCGUUUCCCGCAAAACGUUACGCACCAACCCUCAUUGAGAUCUGCGACACACUCGGCGUGUCAGUCGCCCGCCUCAACUCAAAGCUCCGGGGACCUGGACCUGACAAUUGACACGAGCUUCAACCGAACAAAGAGUUCGUCUUGUGGCUUUUUGUAUUUUUUUUGGUCUUUAAUUUUACGCUUCUCGACCUCUCCGCCCCCUCCCUGGACUGGACCCUUGAAUACGCAAACAUAUCCAUCACCAUGCUGAUAGACGGAGAGAAAUGGGCUUGCGAAGCCUGCGUGCGAGGACACCGCGUGAGCAACUGCAAUCAUCAUGAUCGCCCAUUACAACACAUCAACAAAAAGGGACGCCCAGUGUCGCAAUGUCAGCAUUGUCGCUCAAUGCGCAAAUCGCGAUCGUCUCACGUAAAGUGCGACUGCGGCGAGAAGACGCACAAAUGCCAGCACCUGCAGCCCACCAUGCCGGGUCAUACGGACAGUUGCUGCUGCAACCAUGGAGGGCGCUGCACCUGCUCUUGCAAGAAGGAGCCGGCUUUAGAUACGGUGCCCGAGUCGGAAUCCGACCAAGACCAAGAGCCUGUUCUUCACAGCAAAGCGAGAGCAGCCGGCCGUCGCCGAUCGCGAGCGAAUACGACUCACUCGGAACCAGUCUUGAGCUUCGAUGAGAAUGGCCACCAUAAGCCAGCUCACAAAAACAAGGUCUCGCAGAAAUGUGGACCUUACACCUUGAGCCGCGGUCACUCGAUGCACAGUAUUUCUAGCACGAGCAGCAUGGGCAACCGAUCAGUAGACAACCUGCACAAGGCGCCCACUCGGUCCCGAAGCAAGGACCUGAUCGCUCAAGAUUUGGAUUCGCGAAAGGCCAAAUCAGAACAGGCCUCACCCCUCAUCUCUGGCAACUCAGCAUUUCAGCAUCUCAACGGUCAGCUGCCCCCACUGGAUCUCUCGAGUAUCCAAUAUCCGGAGUACCCGGGUUCUUUCGAUCUAUUCCAUGGCAUAGAUGAGCAACCCGUAUUCAGUGCUGGUCUCAGUGCUCCUUCGGUCGACUGGGCGCAGUAUGAUGGCCUAGACAUGAAGGCCGACAACUUUGCCCCAUCCAGCUACGAUCAGGCUCAGUCAUAUAGUGCCGCGUUCGAUUUCUCAACUGAGCCGACACUGACUUCAAACUCGGGCGAUGUCUCGGAGACUGAGGACUUCGUGGGACCGUUCAGUGAGGCUCAGAUUGAGGGUUUUCGAUGGAGUGCAGCUACCAAUUAUAUGAGCCUGCAGCAACAAAGCCAAUCUGCUGCUGCAUUGGGCGACUUCUCCAGUGGCGACUUUGGCUCGUUCAAGGCCGCUGCCGCCGCAAACAAGUUCUUGCCGAACCUCGGUUCCUUGGAUGAGACGAAUGGUGAAUUUCCCUUGCUCGAGGAGGAUACAUAUUGGUCAAUGAACAACUUCACCGAUGGGAUCACUCAGUCACCCGAUCCCGUCGCCGCAACUUUCUGGGACAACAACACUCAGUGAACAUUUCAAUCAAGCAUCGGAGUUCGGAUUAGCUCAUGAUACCAUGAUGCAUAUGUUUUCAAGAUUUUCUGCAUAUUAUACCCCUACGAUGGGUUCAUCUUUUUGAGGGUUACAUUUCAUCAUAUGAUUAUGAACACGGCUAAGCGAGGACACAAAAAAAGACUAGGUCGAGGACAUUCUUGGCGACUGGUGCAGGACCUGGUGGCGUUGGUUAUGCAUAUUCUCAUUCAUGCACCAUGGCGGCUUUUUCAAGUUUGUCUCCUGCCACCGUAUAUACUUCUUACAUGUCUCCGC